AUGUUCUAUUCACUGAUCAUUUUGAUCUAUUAUCAUCAUCACCUGCUGUUACACAUAUCAGCUUCAUCCUUAUUAUUUACACUUCAUGAUGUACGAUAUACGUUAUCUGAUCGUGUAUUAACAAUACCAAAAUUAGGUUCUAUACGUGGAAUUUAUAUUGAUUAUGAAAAUGAAUAUUAUAAAAAAUAUAAUCUUGUUAAUAUUGAAGCAUUUCAUGGUAUACAAUAUGGUUUAUAUCAUGGACGAUUUGAACCAUCAAAAGAACGUUUUGAUUUACAUCCCGAUACAAAUGUAAAUAAACAAAUUGAAUAUGGACCAGCUUGUUCACAAUAUAUAUGGAGAAAUGAAAGUGAAUUAAGUCGAGUUCGAACAAAAGAUUUUGCUGAAAAAUAUUAUCCAAAAUUAUUAAAAUAUAUUUUAAAACAAGAUGAAGAACAAUGUCUAUAUAUGAAUAUUUAUCAACCACAAAUAAAAGAUUUAAAAGAACGUCUUCCUGUACUUCUAUUUGUUCAUGGCGAUGGUUAUGAUAUGAGUACAGGUGCAGCUUUUGAUGGAGCUAUAUUUGCUAGUUAUACAAAAUCAGUUGUUGUUACAAUUAACUAUCGACUUGGUCCAUUUGGAUUUCUUUAUGUUUCACGUGAAAAUAAAGGUGAUUAUGCAUUACAAGAUAUCUAUACAGCUUUACAUUGGCUUAAAAAUUAUGUGACAAAUUUUAACGGUGAUCCAGAUCGGAUUACUUUAUAUGGAACAGGAACAGGCGCUGUAUUGGCUAGUCUUGUUGUUAUGCUUGAAACUGUUAAUGGUGGUACCGGAACAAUAAAACGACGAAAAUCUCUUGUUCAUCGUCUUAUUUUAAAUGAACAAACAUUUCUAUCACCACAUAUGACUUCUACACUACAAGAAAUAUCAUCUUACCAAUCAAAUUUUCUUUCUUAUCUCUCAUGUUCAACAUUACAAUGUCUACGUAAUCAAACAUUGAUUACAACAGAUGAUUUGCUACAAAAAACUACAUAUUCAAAUGAAAAUGGAUAUUUCAAUUAUAUGUGUCCGUUAGAAAAUCCAUUUCCAUUUUAUCAUUCUUCAAUAUUAAACAAUGAUUAUAUAAAUCCAUUACGUUUAAGAUUUUUUCAACAAGCACAUACACUUUUACCAGAAAAUCUUCGUAUACUUUUAACAACAUCAUCAUCAAUAACACGAUCAACAUUAUCAGUACCAUUCGAUAUAAAAAAUCUUAAUAUGAAUAAAACAAUUGAAUAUUUAUUUAAUUAUGCAUAUACAAUUUGGAAUAAAACAACAAAUAAAUUUCAUUUCGAUAAACAACUAUUAAGUUAUCAACAACAAAUCAUUGCACCCUUACUUGAAUAUGCUAAAUAUAUAUCAAAUGAAAGAAAAAUACAUAUCCUUGAGAGACAUUCAAAUAAAUAUCAAUCGGAAUUACCAUUUACAUUCGGAUAUGUUUUAGCACCAUCAAUGAGUGUCUACAAUGAUACAUAUUUAACAGCAGAUGAAAAUGAUCGUAAUGAAAGUAUGUCUAUGAUGGAUUUAUUUGCAAAUUUAAUUCAUAAUGGUGAUAUUAAUAUAAAAUCUCCAUAUUGUAAAAGAUCGAAUUCUGAAAUCCUUGAAGAAUGGCAACCUGUUUUUCCUGAAUUAAAUUUUAUUCUUUUAAAAGAUGAUAAAUUAACUCAACAAUCUGGUCAUUAUGCACAAGUUCACUAUCUUUUUAAUAAUCUUAUAUCUAAUCUUUCUCAUCGACCAUUUCAUAUCGAUCUAUUAAAUACAUGGAGAUCAUUAUAUGAUAUGUCACAUCAACAUAAUAUUUCAACACAACGUUCAUCAUUAAUACGUUCAUCAUUAUUAACAAAACCAAUUUAUAAUGAAAAUAAAAAUCUUAAAUAUAUAUUUAUUAUAACAUUAAGUGUUUUACUUAUAUUAAUAAUAAAUUUUCUUAUCUGUAUUCUUUUGGGCAGACGUGGACAUUAUUAUCGAAAACGCGAAUAUAAUUGUCUUAAUGGUCAUACACAAUUAAAUAUUGAAAAAACCGAACAACAUCAUGGUGGUUCAUCGCCAUCUAGUACGAAUAGUAAUGGGACAUUAGUACAACAAUUGAUUGUUAAUACAAAUUGUACAACAACAACGAAUAGUAGUUUGAGCAGUACACCGCCUGUUGAUAUUUUACAUCCGAUAAAUGUAACAAAGAAGAAUGGUAUAUUACGAAGUUCUCCGAAACAGAAAAAACCUUCAGAAUUACCUGAAGCAAUUGUAUAA